GUAGGUAUUUCGUAUAGCUACGUUUUUUUGGUGCGAUGUUGUGUUUUUGUUAACAAAUACGUGUAUACUUGCUGAUACUGGUUUAUAAUGGCAUUAGUAGCGUACGAUACGAAUAGUGAAAGUGAAAAUGAAAUUAGUGAAGAAGACGAAAAUUCAAAAGUGAUCUUACAUAAACCCAAAGAACUACCUACCAUUUUUUCUGCCCUGCCUGAGGCAAAAGUUGAAGCUUCAUCAAGCAGAGAAGAGACUGAAGAUAAGUUAGAAGACUUCAUUCCCACAGUAAAGUCAAUAAAAGAAUCUAAAAAAGUACAAAUUACCAUACCUUCCUUAUCAGAUUUUGAUGAUAUAGUUGAUUCAGAACCGCUAAAAAAGAGAUCAAAACUUUCUCAUAAAAGUAGCGGUCUUUUAGGACUUUUACCGCCAGUUAAGACAACUCCAUUAUCAAACACCAGUUUUGUACCAAAAUCAGUGAUAUCUAGAAAUGUUCCUGUUCCAAAAAGUACAACUGUAAAAAAGAAGAAACCAGGUGUUGUGCCACCUGUUAAAAAGUUAUCUAGUGCUACGGAUAGUGAUACUGAUGAUGAGGAAAUAAAAGUUCCCGAAACUUUUGAUGAUGAAAUGUGGAAUAAAGUUUGUGGUAGGCCUAAAAAGAAGCCUGUAAUGAAUAAAGAACCAGAACCACCUGCAAUAGUGGACAUAGCGCCAGAACCAGAAAAACCAUAUGAUGGACUAGAUAAUGUUGCAUUUAAGGAAUUGGUUGGUAAGAGUAAGAUGCCUAUUGGUAAUAUAAAACUGAUUGAUAUUAAUGAAGAAGAGAUUUUACCUGAUAAAGAUAUAUGGAUGACAAAAUCUUUAACAGAUCCUGACCUGGCAGCAAAAGUGGAAACCGAGGAUGAGGUAGAUCCCACACGAAGGAAAAAGCACCACAUCACGUAUUUAGCGCAACAGGCAAAAGCCAACGAACAAGAACUGAAAAGCGCUUGGGCAACUAGCAAAAACAACCGUAUGAUGAGCCGAGCCAAAUACGGAUUUUAAAUUAAUAUUUUUUAUUUUAUGUUAAACAAUUUUUGUCUGUAAUAAAAUAUAUAUAUAU